GUACUUUGGAAACCCUCAAUUGAACCCGCCAACAAUGAAAAUCCCGUCAAAUAGGUCUACAUAACCGGAUGCUUCCCGGUUAGCCCGUUGCUCGCUCAUGUGGCGCUGACGUGGACAUCGUACAUUGAGGGUUCCAUUGCUGACAUGGAUUAAAAUUUUUCACAUCAAUUUAUGACUCUAUCCUUUCCCAAAUAACACCGUUGUAGCCCUAAUUCCUUCCUUAAUUCGAAUUCGCAUGUGUAUCAGAAGCAAACCAUCUAAGCGCUCUUCAAGGCUGUUCAUCCAUUUUUCUUCGUCGACUUGAAUAACAGAUACUCCAGGUUAGUGCUUUUGUGUCUGUCUGUCGCAGUGACAUUGCAUUCACAUUAGGAUGAUGUUUUGUGUGCGUUGUUGCAUGAGUAAGGGCGUUUUGCUGAACAGAAAUGUAUUGUUUCUUUUAUAUGACUUGAUUAUGUUAUGUGAUGGUCACUUGCCCUUGUUGCUUCAGUUUAACUUUGUUAUGAUUUCACUUGUACUGUUUCUUACUGCUUCCAUUAGCCCUUAGUCUGAUUUGAAUCUUUUCAAAUGUACAGCAUGUUCGACAAGGUGGAACUUAUAAUUCACCAUGGAGGCAAUUUUAAGUGUGUUCCUGAAUCAAUGUACGUUGGUGGUCAAGUUGAUGUGCUAAGCAUAGACCCAGAUUUGAUUUGCUAUCCUCAUUUAAUGAAGUGCUUAAAAACAGGAAGCUAUGGUAACAUUAAGGCUUUGUAUUACAAAAAACCUAGCCAGUGUAUGAAAUCUUUAAGAGAGCUGUUUGAUGAUAAGUCAACCCUAGAUUUGAUACGUCUGGCUACUAGUUGUGGUAAGUGUGACAUAUUUGUGGAGCAUGGGUUAGAUGAGGUGGAAUUGGUUGAACUUCUGCCUGCACCUGAAGCAUUUGAACCAAACAUAUCAGUGGAGCAACAACCUGACAUGCCUGACAAGGAGAUGGAGGUUGACACAGAUGUGAAUGUAGAAGGUCAAGUACCUAAUGAAGCAGCUGGAAUGGAAGUGCCAGAAAGAGGAGAGGCAUCUUUGCACAAUGAUGGUCAAGUAGAAGAUGAUGAUAGUCAUGAUGAAACAGAUGAAGUGGAAGAAAGAGGUGGGGAGUAUGAUGGAACUACAAACAAAGAGGGUGAAGACACAGAUUAUUCAUGGAAGCCAGAAGAAGCUGACACAGAUGACUCAUGGAUGGAAGACGCAUCUGAGACAGAUGAUAGUGAACAUGAAGAGACAGAAAAUGAAGAAUUAUUUGAUAAUGAGGUUGCAUCUGAUCACACUGCUACACAAAUGGGGGGAACCAGAGCUGAAGAAAGUGAAAAUGAGGAGGUUUCCACAGAGUAUGACUCAUCUAAUCCCAAUAGCUACAUGACUGAGGAAGAGGAUGAUGAUGGGACAUCUAAAAGGGCAAGCAAAAGGUAUGGGUCAUUUAACCCUGAGUCUGAGGUCCCUAAAUUUGAAGUAGGGAUGUAUUUUGAAGAUGGAAAGCAAUUUAAGAAAGCUGUGAUUAAAUAUGUUGUUUUUGAGAAAAGGGAUUUGUAUUUUAAGAAAAAUGAACCUGGGAGAGUGAGAGUAAAAUGUGGAAAAAAGUGCCCCUUUUCUUUAACUGGUUCAUGGGUUGAGAGACUGCAGUGUUUUCAAGUUAAAGUUUUCAAGGAGGGACAUAAUUGUAACUUGAGGUAUAGGCUUAGAAUUGUUUGCACAAAAUGGGUGGCUGACAUGUAUUCAGACAAAGUGGCUGAGAAUCCCUCUAUAGGUGCUGUGGAAUUAAAAAGGCUGAUCAAGGCUGAGUAUAAACUAAAUGUGUCUGAAAGCAUGGCCUCAAGAGCUUUGAAAUGUAUUGAAGAGAAAAAUGAAACUGCUUUUAAGGAGCAGUUCAAAAAAAUUAGGAACUAUGCAGAGGAAUGUCUUCAAUCCAUUCCAAACAGCACUAUUAUCAUAUCAACUGUAAGAGUGGUUCCUGAUGCACCUAGUGUUUUCCAACGCAUAUAUGUUUGCUUUGGGCCUGUGAAGAAAGGUUUUCUAGAAGGGUGUAGGAAGGUAAUUGGUGUGGAUGGAUGCUUUUUAAAAGGACAAAUGAAGGGAGAGAUAUUGAGUGCUGUAGGUAGAGACGCAAAUAACCAAAUGUAUCCAAUAGCUUGGGCCGUGGUUGAGAUUGAGAACACCUAUUCUUGGACUUGGUUUUUGGAUUUGUUGUAUAAGGACUUGGAUGUUACUGCCCCAGAUGAGUGGACCUUCAUCAGUGAUCAACAGAAGGGCCUAGCCAAUGCAUUGAGCAGAGUUUUUCCAAACGCUGAGCACAGGAACUGUGCAAGGCAUAUUCACGCAAAUUGGAGCAAAACUCAUCGAGGCAUGAAUCUGAAAAAACUGUUUUGGCUGUGUGCAAAGUCUACAUGUGAACGUCAAUUGGAAGCAAACUUAGCAGAGUUGGAUAAGGUUAAUGUUCAAGCUGGUAAAGACUUACGCAAAUAUCCAUUCAAGUUGUGGUGCAAAGCUUUCUUUAGGGAUGAAGUGAAAUGUGACACAGUUGAGAACAAUCUCUUAGAGGCCUUUAAUAGCACACUCUUAAAAUGUAGAUCCAAACCUCUCAUCCCAAUGCUUGAGGACAUCAGAGUGGCAACCAUGAAAAGAAUAGCCAAGAAAAGGAAAUAUGUUCUCAAGUGGCCAGGACCCUUUGGACCAGUAAUCAUGAAGAAGCUGAAUGCUAACAUUGUGGCAAGUGAAGGCUGGAAUGUGGACUUCAAUGGUGAUGACGGUUAUGAAAUUAAGAAAGGAAGAGCUCAGUUCAAAGUGAGUCUCCAGAAAAAAUCAUGUUCUUGUAGAAGGUGGGAUCUGUGUGGCAUCCCUUGUGCUCAUGUAAUUUGUGCAAUCUAUGACAAAGGGGAGGAAGCUGAGUCAUAUGUAGAUUGGUGCUAUAGUAAGGAGGUAUACAAGAAAACCUACUCGUACACAUUGCAUCCAAUUAAUGGGGAGUUGUUAUGGCCAAGAACUCAAUUUGAAGAGAUAUUACCUCCUUUGCCCAAGAAAAUGAGUGGCAGACCUAAGAAAAAGUGAGUAAGGGAAGAAACAGAGCCACGUCCACCUACUGGCUCACAACUACCAAGAAAAGGACGCAUCAUGACAUGUUCAAAAUGCAAAGGAGAAGGACACAACAAGAAAUCGUGCACAGCAACAGAUGGGGCAGGUAUGGAAGCAACUCCUAGCACAUCAACUCCUGCAGGUGCUGGUAUUGUGGGUGCAGGUGCAACAGGAAGAAGGCCUAGAGGAGGCAGGGGUAAGAAGGGGAACAGUAGAAGCAGAGAGCAAUCUGGCUUUGGAGUUUAUUUUGAUGAAACUACGGGUGAAACCAUAUUGGAACCUGGCCAACCUGGAGAGACUCUGCUUGGAUGAAGGAAGAAGGGUGCUGUGUGAAGAUGAAGAUGGUGUUGGGGUUGAAGAAUGGAUUUAAGUGUAUGUUGGUUUUAGGGUCCCUUGGUUGUGUGGAAGUAGGCUUUUGGUGGAAGAAUGGAACUUCUUAUUUGCUUGAAUUUAUGAAUGUGUAAAACUUAUGUUGGUUUGAAGUAUGGAUUUAAGUGUAUGUUGGUUUUAGGGUCCCUUGGUUUUAUGUGUGUGGUUUAAGUGUAUGUCCUUGCCCGUAUGUGUGGUCAGAUGACCUGUUUUGGUUCAUGACAUAUACUAUUUGUGUGGUUGAAACUGAAUGUUGUAUUGAACAGCUAGUCUGCAUAAUGACUUUUGGACAACAA